CUCUACUGGGAGAACAGUGUGCUUUUGGCAACGAACAGAACGUGAGGGAUAUUUCGUGAACUUAGUUUGCUGAGGCUUUGGAUAACUGAAAAAUAUAGCAAAAUGGCUCUACGUAUUGUGUGUACUUCUCCAGCAAUGAACGCUCUUAGCCAAACCCUGGUACGUUGCAUGUCUACACAGGGUGCUUCCAAGAACAUCGGCUUCGUGGGCUUGGGCAAUAUGGGUGGACACAUGGCUAGCAACUUGAUGAAGCAAGGCCACAAAUUGCAUGUUUUUGAUAUUUCCAAGCAGGCUUGCGAUAAUCUCAAGGCCAAGGGCGCUACUGUUUAUGAGAAAACCAGCGAUCUGGCACAGAAAUCUGACUUCGUCAUCACUAUGUUGCCAAAUAACGACAUCGUCGCCAACACAUACAAUGAAAUGACAGCCAAUGGUGUGAAUAAGGACACAAUUUUCAUCGAUUCCUCCACAAUUGAUCCCAACGUUGUGAAAUCCAUCCAGAAGAUGGUCAGCUCGAAGGGCGCACGUUUCAUUGACGCACCAGUCUCUGGUGGUGUGCCUGGUGCAGAACAAGCGACCUUGACCUUCAUGGUUGGUGGCACUGAAGCUGAAUACAAGGCCGUAAAAGCUGUUUUGGAGUGCAUGGGUAAACGUAUUACACACUGUGGUGAUUACGGCAUGGGUCAAGCUGCUAAAAUUUGCAACAACAUGAUGUUGGGUAUUUCUAUGAUUGGUGUUUCCGAGGCAAUGAACUUGGCUAUCCGUUUGGGUUUGAACCCACAAACAUUCGCUGAUAUUAUCAACUCAUCAACAGGUCGUUGUUGGGCAUCUGAAUUAUAUAAUCCAGUUCCUGGCAUUACAGCUACUGCACCAGCCAACAAUGACUACAAGGGUGGUUUCUCUACUGAUUUAAUCACCAAGGAUUUGGGCUUGGCUUCUGGUGUAGCUACUGCCUCUAAUACACCAAUUCCAUUGGGUGGUAUGGCUCAUCAAAUUUACCGUACAUUAAAGUCAAAGGGCUUGGGCAACAAGGAUUUCUCUGUAGUUUAUGAUUUCAUGAAGAACGAGAAACACAACUAAACGGGGAAUGAAGUAGGAAAGUGCGAAGAAUUGUGAAAAAUUGUUGAUCCUUUCAGAUGGACCAGACUUGCAUUUAUAGAAUUUUAGGGACAAAUUAAUUUACAAGAUUACAUGCUUCGUUAAGACUUCAAUAGCAUUUAAAUGUGUAGUGAAAAUUAUAGUUUAUAUAUAGUACACAUUUUAUACGUGUGUAUGUGAUUACAUAAUAAAAUCUUACUAUUCUUAUCAAUUAAAAAAAAUAUUUUUAUCUUUCAUGGGAAAAAAACCGAGUCGUUAAGUGUGCAAUGGAUAAUGAAUGGUAUUAACGACAAUUUUAAAAAAAUAAAGAUUUGCGAAAAAUAUG